AUGGAUGUUGAUCGUGACGAUCAGUGUUCUUCUUUGGUUCUUCUUUUUGAUCAGUGUGUUCUUCUUUGGUUGUUGAUCGUGACGAUCAGUGUUCUUCUUGUGUUGUUGAUCGUGACGAUCAGUGUUCUUCUUAUGGUUGUUGAUCGUGACUAUCAGUGUUCUUCUUGUGUUGUUGGUCGUGACGAUCGUGUUCUUCUUGUGGUUGUUGAUCGUGGCGAUCAGUGUUCUUCAUUGUUCUUCUUGUGGUUGUUGAUCGUGACGAUCAGUGUUUUCUUGUGGUUGCUGAUCGUGACUAUCAGUGUUCUUCUUGUAGUUGUUGAUCGUGACGAUCAGUGUUCUUCUUUGGUUUUGAUCGUGACGAUCAGUGUUCUUCUUGCGCUGUUCUUGUGGUUGUUGAUCGUGACGAUCGUGUUCUUCUUGUGGAUGUUGAUCGUGACGAUCAGUGUUCUUGUGGUUGUUGAUGUGACGAUCAGUGUUCUUCUUGUGGUUGCUGAUCGUGACGAUCAGUGUUCUUCUUGUGUGUUCUUCUUGUGGUUGUUGAUCGUGACGAUCAGUGUUCUUCUUGCGGUUGUUGAUCGUGACGAUCAGUGUUCUUCUUUGUGGUUGUUGAUCGUGACGAUCAGUGUUCUUCUUGUAGUUGUUGAUCGUGACGAUCAGUGUUCUUGGUUGUUGUUCAGUGUUCUUCUUGUGGUUGUUGAUCGUGACGAUCAGUGUUCUUCUUGCGUGUUCUUCUUGCGGUUGUUGAUCGUGACGAUCAGUGUUCUUCUUGUAGUUGUUGAUCGUGACGAUCAGUGUUCUUCUUUGUUGAUUGUGACGAUCGGUGUUCUUCUUGUAGUUGUUGAUUUGUUCUUCUUGUGGAUGUUGAUCGUGACGAUCAGUGUUCUUCUUGUGGUUGUUGAUCGUGACGAUCAGUGCUUCUUCUCGUGGUUGUUGAUCGUGACGAUCAGUGUUCUUCUUUUUGUUGAUCGUGACGAUCAGUGUUCUUCUUUGGUUGUUGAUCGUGACGAUCAGUGUUCUUCUUGUGGAUUUGUUGAUUGUGACUAUCGGUGUUCUUCUUGGUUGUUGAUCGUGACGAUCAGUGUUCUUCAUUUGUUGAUCGUGACGAUCAGUGUUCUUCUUGUAGUUGUUGAUCGUGACGAUCAGUUGUUGUUCGUGACGAUCAGUGUUCUUCUUGCGGUUGUUGAUCGUGACGAUCAGUUGGUUGAUCGUGACGAUCAGUGUUCUUCUUGUGGAUUGUUUUCUUGUGGUGAUCGUGACGUCAUUCUUCUUGUGGAUGUUGAUCGUGACGAUCAGUGUUCUUACUUGUGGUUGUUGAUCGUGACGAUCGGUGUUCUUCUUUUGUUGAUCAGUGUUCUUCAUGUAGUUGCUGAUGUGACCUCAGUGUUCUUCUUGCAGUUGUUGGUCGUGACGAUCAGUAUUCUUCUUGCGGUUGUUGAUCGUGACGAUCAGUGUUCUUCUUGUAGUUUGCAUGUAGUUGAUGAUCCUGUUCUUCUGAUCGUGACGGUUGUUGAUCGUGACGAUCAGUGUUCUUCUUAUGAAUUUGUUGAUCGUGACGUGAUCAGUGUUCUUCUUGUAGUUGUUGAUCGUGGCAGUGUUCUUGUAUUGUUGAUCGUGACGAUCAGUGUUCUUCUUGUGGAUGUUGAUCGUGACGAUCAGUGUUCUUCUUUGUUCUUCUUGUGGUUGUUGAUCGUGACGAUCAGUGUUCUUCUUGCGGUUGUUGAUCGUGACGAUCGAGUGUUCUUCUUGUGGUUGUUGAUCGUGACGAUCAGUGUUCUUCAUGUAGUUGUUGAUCGUGACAAUCGUGACGAUGUUCUUCUUGUGGUUGUUGAUCGUGACGAUGACUAUCAGUGUUCUUCUUGCGUUGUUGAUCGUGACGAUCAAUUGUUCUUCUUGUGGAUGUUGAUCGUGACGAUCAGUGUUCUUCUUGUAGAUUUGUUGAUCGUGACGAUCAGUGUUCUUCAUGUGGAUGUUGAUCGUGACGAUCAGUGUUCUUCUUUGUUCUUCUUGUUGUUGAUCGUGACGAUCAGUGUUCUUCUUGUGGUUGUUGAUCGUGACGAUCAGUGUUUCUUCUUGUUGUUGAUCGUGACGAUCAGUGUUCUUCUUGUGGUUGUUGAUCAUGACGAUCAGUGUUCUUCUUGUGUGUUCUUCUUGUGGUUGUUGAUCGUGACGAUCGAGUGUUCUUCUUGUAUGGUUGUUGAUCGUGACGAUCGUGUUCUUCUUGGGUUGUUGAUCGUGCGAUCGGUGUUCUUCUUGUGGUUGCUGAUCGUGACUAUCAGUGUUCUUCUUGCGGUUGUUGAUCGUGACGAUCAGUGUUCUUAUGUGUUGUUGAUCGUGACGAUCGUUGUUUUCUUCAGUGUUCUUCUUGUGGAUGUUGAUCGUGACGAUCAGUGUUCAUGUAGUUGGGUUCUUCUUGUGAUUGAUCGUGACGUUCAGUGUUCUUCUUUGGUGUUCUUGCUGAUCGUGACUAUUAUCAAUGGUGUUCUUCUUGCGGUUGGUCGUGAUGAUCAGUGUUCUUCUUUGUGGUUGUUGAUCGGCGUGGCGAUCAGUGUUCUUCUUGUGGUUGUCGGUCGUGACUAUCGGUGUUCUUCUUUGUUCUUCUUGUGGUUGUUGAUCGUGACGAUCAGUGUUCUUCUUGUGGAUGUUGAUCGUGACGAUCAGUGUUCUUCUUUGAUUUGUUUGAUCGUGACGAUCAGUGUUCUUCUCGUGACUGUUCUUCUUGUGGAUGUUGAUCGUGGCGUCAGUGUUCUUCAUGUAGUUGUUGAUCGUGACGAUAAGUGUUCUUCAUGGAUGUUGAUCAUGACGAUCAGUGUUCUUCUUGUGUUGUUGAUCGUGACGAUCAGUGUUCUUCUUGUGGAUGUUGAUCGUGACGAUCAGUGUUCUUCUUGUGGUUUGUUGAUCGUGACGAUCAGUGUUCUUCUCGUAGUGGUUGACUAUCGUUCUUAUGACCGAUCUUUGUUGAUCGUGGCGAUCAAGUGUUCUUCUUGUCAGUGUUCUUUGUUGAUCGUGACGAUCAGUGUUCUUCUUAUGGUUGUUGAUCGUGACGAUCAGUGUUCUUCUUGUGUAGUUGGUGAUCGUGACGAUCAGUGUUCUUCUUAUGUUCUUCAUGUAGUUGUUGAUCGUGACGAUCAGUGUUCUUCUCGUGACGAUUGGAUGUUGAUCGUGACGAUCAGUGUUCUUCUUGUGUUGUUGAUCGUGACGAUCGGUGUUCUUCUUGUAGUUGUUGAUCGUGACGAUCAGUGUUCUUCUUGUAAUUUGUUGAUCGUGACGAUCAAUGUUCUUCUUUUGUUGAUCGUGACGAUCAGUGUUCUUCUUGUGGAUGUUGAUCGUGAUCGGUGUUCUUCUUGUACGGUUGUUGAUCGUGACGAUCAAGUGUUCUUCUUGUGGAUGUCGAUGACGAUCAGUGUUCUUUCUUGUGAUUUGUUGAUCGUGACGAUCAAGUGUUCUUCUUGUGUUGUUCUUCGUGACGAUCAGUGUUGUUUGUUGAUCGUGACGAUCAGUGUUCUUCUUGUUGUUGUUGAUCGUGACGAUCAGUGUUCUUCUUGUAGUUGUUUGAUCUUGUUGAUCGUGACGAUCGGUGUUCUUCUUGUGGUUGUUGAUCGUGACGAUCAGUGUUCUUCUUUGGUUGUUGAUCGUGACGAUCAGUGUUCUUCUUCGGUUGUUGAUCGUGACGAUCAGUGUUCUUCUUUAGUUGUUGAUCGUGACGAUCAGUGUUCUUCUGUAGUUGUUGAUCGUGACUAUCAGUGUUCUUCAGUUGUUGAUCGUGACAAUCAAUUGUUCUUCUUAGUUGUUGAUCGUGACGAUCAGUGUUCUUCUUCUGUUGUGUUCUUCUUGGUUGUUGAUCGUGACGAUGGUGUUCUUCUUGUAGUUGUUGAUCGUGACGAUCAGUUGUUCUUCUUGUUAGUUGUUGUUAUCGUGACUAUCAGGGUUCUUCUUGCGAUUGUUGAUCGUGACGAUCAGUGUUAUUCUUGUGUGUUCUUCUUGUGGUUGUUGAUCGUGACGAUCAGUGUUCUUCAUGUGGUUGUUGAUCGUGACGAUCCGUGUUCUUCUGUGGUUGUUGAUCGUGACGAUCGGUGUUCUUCUUUAAUGGUUGUUGAUCGUGACUAUCGAAGUGUUCUUCUCGUAGUUGUUGAUCAUGACGAUCAGUGUUCUUCAUUGUUCUUCUUGUGGUUGUUGAUCGUGGCGAUCAGUGUUCUUCUUGUGGAUGUUGAUCGUGACUAUCGGUAUUCUUCUUGUGAUUUGUUGAUCGUGACGAUCAGUGUUCUUCUUGUGGUUGUUGAUCGUGACGAUCAGUGUUCUGAUCGUUGUGUGGUUGUUGAUCGUGAGUGUUCUUCGAUCAGUGUUCUUCUUGUGUUGUUGAUCGUGACGAUCAGUGUUCUUCUCUUGCGGUUGUUGAUCGUGACGAUCAGUGUUCUUCUUGUGGUUGUUGAUCGUGACGAUCGUGUUCUUCUUGUGGUUGUUGAUCGUGGCGAUCAUGUUCUUCUUGUGGUUGUUGAUCGUGACGAUCAGUGUUCUUCUUUGUACAUUGAUCGUGACGAUCAGUGUUCUUCUUAUUGUUCUUCUUGGUUGUUGAUCGUGACGAUCAGUGUUCUUCUGUGGUUGUUGAUCGGAUCAGUGACUUGGUUGUUGAUCGGUGAGUCAGUGUUCUUCUUGCAGUUGUUGAUCGUGACGAUCAGUGUUCUUCUUGUGGUUGUUGAUCGUGACGAUCAGUGUUCUUCAGUGUUCUUCUUGUGGUUGUUGAUCGUGACGAUCAGUGUUCUUCUUGUGGUUGUUGAUCGUGACGAUCAGUGUUCUUCUUGUGUAGUUGUUGAUCGUGACGAUCAGUGUUCUUCGUGA